CAUAGCUCAGGAGGAACACGUGAAGGCAACAAAAGUUUAGAGUAGGCCUACUACAGAGUUGAGAUAUCUGUAGCCAUGGAGGAAAAACAUAGCAGUACGGACACCAAUUUUGCUCCAGACCCAGGGGGGGCUGGAACAACACAAGAUACCCCAGGUGACCCCAUCCCAGAGGAAAUAAUCAGCAGACAGCUGACUGAACAGGGCCGGUUUGCUUAUGCUGCACUGUGUGGUGUUUCUCUGGGCCAGUUGUUCACUGGACCUGAAAACAGUGUGUUCAGGGACAAGUAUCUGCUAGGCUUGGUCCGCUGGCUGAACCUGGAUGAGUCGGUGAUGCCGGUCAUGGGGGCUUUCCUGUCAGGCCUGGGCUUUGAAGGCUCCGACACCUUUCUCUCCAUCCUACAGGCCGAACCACUUCUAGCUUCAGGGGCCACCCCGAUCAUCCAGGAUCUGGUGUCUUUUUCUGUCAAAGACGGCCAGUAUGAUGCCAGAUCAAGGGUUCUCAUCCGUCAUGUCAGCUGUCUGCUACGAGUCUUUCCACAGCAGCUGGAGGAGUUUGAGGAAACACUGGGAGAGAGGCUGAGGGAAGCAGGAGAGGAGAGCGAAGAGGAGUCCUCUCUGCGGCUGAAGAGAGAAAGAGGACGAAAGUUGCGCCGCUACCUCCUCAUUGGACUAGCCACCGUGGGAGGAGGAACUGUGAUUGGUGUGACAGGUGGGCUGGCCGCCCCCUUAGUGGCAGCAGGGGCCAGUGCUUUGCUGGGGGCAGGAGGGGCUGCUGCUCUGGGCUCAGCCACUGGCAUUGCAAUCAUGGCCUCCCUGUUUGGAGCAGCAGGAGCUGGAUUGACAGGCUAUAAGAUGAAGAAGUGUGUCGGGGCGAUAGAGGAAUUUGAAUUCCUGCCUCUGAGAUCCGGGAAGCAUCUUCACCUCACCAUCGCGGUGACCGGUUGGCUCUGCAGUGGUAAAUACAGUUCGUUCCAGGCCCCGUGGUGCAGCCUGGGCGAGUGCGGGGAACAGUACUGCCUGGUGUGGGAGUCACGUUUCCUCAAGGAUCUGGGCUCAGCCAUGGCCUCUCUGUUGGAUGGGCUGGUCAGCAUGGUGGCCCAGGAGGCGCUUAAGUACACAGUGCUCUCAGGCAUCGUGGCGGCUCUGACGUGGCCUGCGUCUUUGCUGGCAGCCGCCAGCGUCAUCGACAACCCGUGGUGUGUUUGUCUGAACCGCUCAGCUGAAGUGGGGAAAAAUCUGGCACAGGUUUUGAGAAGCAGACAGCAGGGUAAGCGGCCUGUCAGCCUCAUAGGUUUCAGUCUUGGGGCCAGAGUUAUCUACUACUGUCUUCAGGAGCUGGCAAAUGACAAAGGGAGUGAAGGAGUCGUGGAGGAUGUAGUCCUCUUGGGGGCCCCUGUGGACGGCUCUGAAAAGGCCUGGGAGAGAAUGUCCAGGGUAGUGGCUGGAAAGAUAGUGAACGGCUACUGCAGAGGGGACUGGCUCCUGGGGUUCUUGUACCGAAGUUCAUCUGCACAAAUGUCUGUUGCUGGGCUACAGCCAAUCAACCUCCAGGAUCGGCGUAUAAUCAAUGUGGAUCUUUCCUCAGUGGUGAAAGGUCACUUGGACUACAUGCGUCAAAUGGACACCAUCUUGGUGGCAGUAGGUGUUCCCACCAAAGAAGUACCAGGAGCCUCCUUUGCUCUUCCUCACUUUGUAACAUUUACACAAGGGACAGUGGACAUCCCUGACCAAACCCCCAAUGAGCAACAAGUGACUGAGACACAAAACCAAGCUGAGCAGGCGGAGGCCUGCACAGGAGAAAGUGGAGACGUGAAAGAAGCGGAUAAGAGAGAGGAGAUGGUUGACGGUUGGGAUAUUCCUGAUAUUUCGGACCUGCUGGACUCCUUAAAUGAUACAGACUCCGACAGGAACAAUAUACUACUAACUUCUGAGGAGAGUGUAAGUAAUGACAACACAGCGUCUGCUUUAAAUGCCCUGAGCGACGCCGUAGAGGAGGCCGACCCUGAUAAUGAACACACGUCAUGGAGCUGGGAUGAUACACACUGGAGUACAGAACACACACAGGAACAAAGGCAGCCAAACUUGUAAAGAGCAUGUUACUGUACCAGCUGCUUCCUUGUAAAAUCUUGUCUUCUCAAGUUG